UUUGAUAGUCCUCUGUACUAUAUUACCUCCACUCUCUCUGUUUCGCUGCCCUGCUUUUACUUUUCAACAUCGUCGGCCUUGACUGAACUCCACUCCCAGUCUCCCACCAUUCCUUCCAUCUCUUCUCCUCCUAUAAAUCAGACACCAACCCAACACCCAAAACCUCACCUUCAUCCACAAUCACUGAAAAAAAAAAUGGAGAGAUUGAACGUAGUUGUGGUUAGAUCCGCCCUACUCCUCUGCCUCUUCGCCACGCUAGCCAGCGGGCAGAACUGCGGCAGGCAGGCCGGGGGACGCACCUGUGCAAACAACCAAUGUUGCAGCCAAUGGGGAUUCUGCGGAACCACCGAUGACCACUGCAACCCGGCCAAGAACUGCCAGAGCAACUGCAGGGGCGGCGGCGGUGGCGGAGGAGGAGGCGGCGGUGGUGGAGAGAGUGCUACUAAUGUGAGGUCGACCUAUCACUUGUACAACCCGGAGCAGAAUGGAUGGAGCUUGACCGCGGUCAGCGCGUAUUGCUCCACUUGGGACGCCAACAAGCCCCUGGCCUGGCGCCGGAAGUACGGUUGGACCGCGUUCUGUGGGCCGGUUGGACCGCGCGGCCAGGCUUCUUGUGGCCGCUGCUUGAGGGUGACGAACAGGGGAACAGGGGCGGCAGAAACGGUGAGGAUAGUGGAUCAGUGCAGCAAUGGAGGGCUGGAUUUGGACGUCGGCGUGUUCAGGAGGAUUGAUACGGAUGGAAGAGGGAACGCGCAGGGACACCUCAUGGUUGACUAUCAGUUCGUCAACUGUGGAGACUAAAUCAAACCAAAGACUGGACUUGGACAUAUUGCAAUUCUGUGUAUAUGUUGCAAACAUGGAUGGUGCAAUGCGGUGAAAACGUAAUAAUAGUAUGAUUACAGAAAUAAAAUAAUUGGCAGUUAAAUCGGCUAGGCCGAGGCUGAUCCACGUAUGUCUAUUUUGUCGCGUGAUUCGAAUAAGAACGUGUAAUAACUAAUUGUUAUGUCAAUGCCAUAAAGUUUGUAAGGGCAAACUAGCUCUUUGGUAUCAUUAACAUAGGAUGGGAUAAACAUUUUCGAGGGGAU